AUGAAGUACUCUGUCAUUCUCUCUUUCGGCUCUCUCGCCACUACUACAUCCGCCCUGGGCAUCAACUGCCGCGGCUCUUUUCUCUGCGGUGGCGGCAGCGGAAACCUCAUCAACCUCAAAUCAAUUGUCGACAACAUCCAGCCUCGAGACCGCUUCUAUGCGGCUCAGCAGCAGAUUGCCUGCACAGGCGAUACCUGCGCCUUCUUUCAAAAUGGCGCCAGCGGCACUGCUGAGCAGGUUUCUGCAGACCUGCAAGCCCUGUUGGACCACGGUUGUAAGAAAUGCGGCUCGGUUCCUACUCAACCUGGCAACAAUGUUGCGGAUGGACAGUUGACAGUUAACUAUGUCAGCCAUCCUAAUUGUCAGGGAGCUUGUUAG